UAAGUCAAAGUUUUACUCGGCUUCCAGACGACGCCAGCUUUCUGAGACAGAGGUAGUCAUGACGACCAAAGUAGUGAUCCAACAGCCGGGGCCCAUUAUGGAGUCCAGGGACUCUGACGAGUGGCACUCUGGGAUAUGCGACUGCUGUGAAGACAUGGGCCAAUGUUGCUGUGUCUUCUGGUGCUGUCCUUGCUUCGCUUGCAAGACCACGCGGGACUAUGGCCAGUGCCUUUGUCUCCCCCUGCUGGACAUAUUCGGCGGCUGCAUCUCCCCCGUCACCUUCGCCAUGAGAGUCUCUAUGCGUGAACGCUACGGCAUCAAAGAUACCAUGUGUCGCGACUGCGUGUGCGCCACCUUCUGCUCACCGUGCUCUUGGUGUCAAAUGGCCACAGAGAUGAAGAAGAGAGCCAUCCCAAUCACCCUGAUCAGCUCACGACCCCGACCAUGAACACACACACACACACACACACACACACACACACA